UAUUACAGAUACGCUGAUCCUGUUGUCAUUUCCUUUCUUCUGGAGGAUCUCUUAGCCGCGCCAUUCUGAUUUCUCUUCGAUCACACCGAUCUGCGUUCGGAAAUCUUCCUAAUUAACGGAUUUUGCAUCAUCAUGACUCUGGGCUCGGGAGGAUCUAGUGUGGUUGUUCCUCGAAAUUUCAGGUUGCUGGAGGAGCUUGAACGUGGGGAGAAGGGAAUUGGGGAUGGCACUGUCAGCUAUGGAAUGGAUGAUGCCGAUGAUAUUUACAUGCGUUCCUGGACUGGCACAAUCAUUGGUCCACAUAACUCUGUACAUGAAGGCCGCAUAUAUCAGUUGAAGCUAUUUUGUGACAAAGAUUAUCCAGAGAAGCCUCCAACUGUUCGCUUCCAUUCUCGGAUUAACAUGACUUGCGUAAACCCUGAAACUGGAGUGGUGGAACCAAAGAAGUUUGGACCUCUGGCAAACUGGAAGCGCGAGUUCACAAUGGAAGACAUACUGACGCAGCUGAAGAAGGAAAUGGGUGCUACGCAAAACCGUAAGCUGGUCCAGCCUCCUGAAGGAACCUACUUCUAGAUAAAUAACUAUAUUGAUUCUUCUAUAGUUUGUUUAUAUUGCUACUUUCUGUUGGGAUCAUGUGAAAUGACAAUGCCAUGCCUUGCCCCCUAGAGUUUCAUCGGAUUGUCAGCCAGUCCCUUUUGCAUGUCCGUUCCCUCCCUUCCCCUCUCCUUCCUUCUCUUUUUCGGGUUUUCAAUGUGGUGUUCCCCCCAUCUAAUGGCUAAUGUGUAGUGUUGUUGGAUAUUUGGUUGAUGGAAGUGAUGUGUGAUAAUUAUGGAUCGAAAACAUCAUGCAGGUAUCAUCUUGAUACCUUCAAAUAUGUAUGUGUAUUAUAUUGAAGAAAUCUGUUUUUGUUGA